AAAACGCCAGUCGAUUUCGGUGUCUGUCUGUGUUCACAUCUGCACGCCGAUAAACGCACGGCCAUGCUUUUAUGAUAACAGUUUUAUUUAAUGAAAAUAAUAAUUUUAAUCACUUCACCGACAUGUUGCAUGUAGGAAAGAGUAGUAUCGUAAAAAUGUUCUUAAUGUUGAACCUUCUGUUGAUCUCCCCUCAAAUUCUCGGAAUAGAUUUAAUGCCAAAAUCAUUGGAAAUAGGAAUGUGCCAUCAAGACCCCCAAAAAACGAUCCGCACUUUCAAAGACCUGUCAGAGUAUCAAGGCAACAAUAAGCCUUUCCAAGUCGGAAAACCUGGAUUUAAAGGCAACGUGAUUGCAUUCAAUGUGAAAACCAUAGACGAACUGGAGAAGAACUCCUUCAUUGCCCAGGGAUCGAAUUUUGUCGAGGGAGUGAUUCUGAAGGGAAAACAAAUUAAAACGAUUGAAGAAGAGGCGUUCGUCACUUUGUUUUGUUGCAGAAGUGUAGACCUAAGCGACAACAAGUUAACUAAUUUAAGUACUAAGGUUUUCAGCGGUUUGGACAACAUUGAAGAACUGAAUUUAAGUGGCAACUUGCUAGAAACCGUUAGUAUUUCAACAUUCUUUUUAAUGAGCCCGACUUUAGAACAAUUGUAUCUAUCUCACAAUAGAUUCAAGACGAUUAACAUGGAAGCUUUCCAAAGCUUGUACAGACUAAGCGUCAUAACUCUGGACCAGAACAAGUUAUCGCAGAUAAACAUGGACAUAUUAAACGCCACAUUCGUUCAAAAUGUAAACCUGAGCUUUAAUCACUUGCAAACCUUAACCUUGAACAACCAACUGAACAACCUAACUGUUUUGGACUUGACCAACAAUCGUUUGCACGAAAUGCCUUAUUUAAAGCUAUCUGUAUUGCAAACAUUGAACGUUUCUAGGAACAGUUUUGGCAUCAUGAACAUAACGAAAUUGAGGGAGGUUGAGCCUGAGCUACGACUGUUGGAGCUGAACAACUUGCCAAUGGAUUGCCACCACUUGCAAGAGGUUGUGGAAGAAUUACACGAGAAUGGAAUACAAUGGGGGAGCAUCGAGAACUGCGACAUGAACAGUUCGUUAACUUUCUAUCUAUUCAUGACCCUGUUGGUGAUAACUUUAUUGACAACCGCCUACCUGUGCCUGAGGAACAGCCAAUGCAUAAUGUUCAGACGACGACUAUCCCAUUUGUACUCGAGGAGACCCCGCGAGGGCGACAUCAGAUUGGUCGAGCAGGAAUAAAUAUUGCCUUUCAGUUAUCAACUGCGUUUUUUAUUAAUUGUUUAGAGUGAGUCAGAAUUCGAUCGGGCUUUAUUGGCGGAUAAUUAUUCGAUUUGCGUCACGACGAGGCAUUCUCUUGACCUUUUUACGUUGCGGAAUGCCCGCGGGCGCGAUGCCCGGCAUUCUAAUGCGAUCUGAGAACAGGAUCCGACGAAAUGCGACAAAAACCACACCACGGAUUUCACACAGCCGCACGACCCUAUUGUGCAACUUUUCAUUUAACUUUGAACAAUCAAAACUUUCCUCUAUGUGUUUUUUUAAUGGAAACUUUUGAUAACUGGAGGUUGUUCAAUUUUUUGUUAUGAAUAUUCAUAUUUGGAAAACGUGUGUAGUUUAGUUAAAUAAGGUCAAAUUUUAUAUUAGUAGGUUUUUUAGUGUUUGAAUUUAUUGACAAGUUUUUGGAAGCUCAAAACUCUUUACUGUAAUCACAAAUAUUGAUCUUCUGAUAAAAAUACGCAGAUAAAAAAUUAUUUAAGUCAGUUACUGUAUUUGUUUUAAUUGUUUUGUUCAUUUCUCUAUUUUCAAUAUAUUUUAUGAAAAGAAA